UAGUGCUUCUUGUUUGAGAUGUCUCUCCUGUGCUCUCUUUCUGUCCUGAUGGUCAUUUUCCCACACAUGGCCUUAGGAAGCUCAGAAUUGGCAGCAUUUCAGAAUUUUAUUAAGGAAUUUAAUAAGAGCUACACAGAUCAAGAAGAGUUCCAGUAUCGGCUGUCUGUAUUCUCCAGAAACUUGGAUGUGGCAAACCGCUUGGGGAGAGAGGACCUGGGGACGGCUGAGUAUGGGGUGACAAAGUUUAGUGAUCUCACAGAUGAAGAAUUCAGCAGAAACUAUCUGAAUCCAGUUGGUGUCCUUCCUCCAAGCACUUUGACAGAAUCCAGAGUAGAAGCUACACCAGUAUUGCCAUCAUGUGACUGGCGGAAAGCGGGGGUCAUUUCACCAGUGAGAGACCAGGGAAAAUGCGGUUCAUGUUGGGCUUUUGCUUCUGUUGGUAACAUUGAGGCACAAUAUGCCAUUCAUGGAAAGCCAAUGAAUUUAUCCGUGCAACAGGUUUUAGACUGUGGACGCUGUGGUACUGGCUGCAAUGGUGGAUAUGCAUGGGAUGCCUAUGUGACUGUACUAAAUGAAGGUGGACUGGUGACUGAGAAGAAUUACCCGUAUGUGGGAAGAAAAGAAUGUUGUAUGAGUUGGAUAUUUAAUAAAGUUGGACAGAUACGUGAUUUCAUAAUGCUUCGUAAAAAUGAGCAUGAAAUGACUUCUUAUGUCGGUAAGAGUGGAACACUUACUGCGUGUAUAAAUUCGACUUUGCUCAAGCAUUACAAGAAGGGAAUUUUCAAUCCUCGUACCUGUAGCCCAAAUCUAACUCACAUGGUUUUAUUAGUGGGCUAUGCCACAGAUAAGGACCUCCCUUACUGGAUUGCAAAAAACAGCUGGGGACGUAACUGGGGAGAAAACGGUUAUUUGCGAAUCGUCCGUGGCAAAAAUAUCUGUGGCAUCACAAAAUAUCCAUUAAGUGCUAUUGUCCCCGGAAACCAAAGGAUUACUUGUCCAAAAUGACCGGAAUGUAUUGUAUUCUGAUUAUCUGUAUCACAUUCACAAUCCAGACGGAAAUAUAUUAUUACAGGUUGAGUAUCCCAUAUCCAAAUAUUCCGAAAUACGGAAUAUUCCGAAAUACGGACUUUUUUGAGUGAGAUAGUGAAAUCUUUGUUUUCUGUGGCUCAAUGUACACAAACUUUGUUUAAUACACAAAGUUAUUAAAAAUAUUGUAUUAAAUGACCUUCAGGCUGUGUGUAUAAGGUGUAUAUGAAACAUAAAUGAAUUGUGUGAAUGUACACACACUUUGUUUAAUGCACAAAGUUAUUAAAAAUAUUGGCUAAAAUGACCUUCAGGCUGUGUGUAUAAGGUGUAUAUGUAACAUAAAUGCAUUCUGUGCUUAGACUUGGGUCCCAUCGCCAUGAUAUAUCAUUAUGGUAUGCAAUUAUUCCAAAAUACGGAAAAAUCAGAUAUCCAAAAUACCUCUGGUCCCAAGCGUUUUGGAUAAUGGAUACUCAACCAUAUUGUAUACUUUGACAUCUUCGUUACUUAAGUGUAGUUCAUUUUCAACACUGUAAACUUUGUAAGGGAAAAAGGUUCCUAAAGUAGUAAUAUUUGCGAAUAAUAUUAACAGUAUUCCCCUAAAAUAAAUUCACUGUUGUAUUAAGGGGGAUCAACUUAAAGGAGAUGUACUAAGCUUUGGAGAGUGAUAAACUGGAGAGAGCUAAAAUUCCAGCCAAUCAGCUCCUAACUGCCAUGUUACAGGUUGUGUUUGAAAAAUUACAGUUAAAGCCUGUACACACUACGCGAUAUCACAUACGAUAUCACUCAUUUUCAGCCUUCUGAGCGAUAUCAUGUGUGAUAACGCCCAGUGUGUAUGCUACGGACAAUAAACUAUGCGUGGUUCCGCGCAUCGUUAUCAUUCUCCUAUGUCGACUGUGUAUGCAAAUUAAUUUGGACUUAUCAUCCAGAACUGCAUGCACGGGCUGGCCGCGGUAUGACGUCAAUGUCCGAUAUCGCUUGCGAUAUCGUACAGUGUGUAUGCACUAUGUCGGCAGCCCGGGAGGGUGGGGAAAGACUGGGGGUCAUUCCGAGUUGUUCGCUCAUUGCUGAUUUUCGCAACGGAGCGAUUAAGGCAAAAAUGCGCAUGCGCAUGGUUCGCAGUGCGCAUGCGGUUAGUAUUUUAACACAAAACUUAGUAGAUUUACUCACGCCCGAACGAAGAUUUUUCAUCGUUGAGGUGAUCGUAGUGUGAUUGACAGGAAGUCGGUGUUUCUGGGCGGAAACUGGACGUUUUCUGCGAGUGUGCGGAAAAACGCGGGAGUGUCUGGAGAAACGGGGGAGUGGCUGGCCGAACGCUGGGCGUGUGUGUGACGUCAAACCAGGAACGAAACUGACUGAACUGAUCGCUAUUUGUAAGUCUCGAGCUACUCAGAAACUGCAAAGAAAUUUCUUUUCGCAAUUCUGCUAAUCUUUCGUUCGCUAUUCUGCUAAGCUAAGAUACACUCCCAGAGGGCGGCGGCUUAGCGUGUGCAAUGCUGCUAAAAUCUGCUAGCGAGGGAACAACUCGGAAUCACCCCCACUAUGCGAUAUCGUUCAUGGAGCGUAUCGCAUAGUGUGCUCGGACCUUUUGGUUCUGAUUGGUUGUUACUAUAACUCUUUCCACUUGAUAGCAGGAUAGUCCCUGGAAAACAGGACUGUCCCAGCACAAUCGGGACAGUUAGGAGGUAUGUUAUCACUCUCCAUGGUUUAGUACAACUGCCACUAAAUGUUGAGUUGUAGAAAUAGUGAUACUAGUAAUAAGAAUUUACAAGUCAAUUUCCUUGUUGCCAAAAUUAUUAAAUCAACCCUCAAAACAUACUUGCCUACUUUUGAAAACUAGAAUCAGGGAGAUUACAGUACGAUGAGCUGUGCGAAGCUGUGAGAGCAUGUCAUACUCUGCCCAAAGGGCGUGUCUAGUUCCACCUAUGGGCUUGUCUAUGCUUAAAUGCUUGUUGUUGCAAGAUAUUUCUAUAUAACAUUAGUAAGAAUAUAUUUUGGGAAGUUUUGCAAGUACUGAUACUAACAUUGGCCCUCAUUCCGAGUCGUUCGCUCGGUAUUUUUCAUCGCAUCGCAGUGAAAUUCCGCUUAGUGCGCAUGCGCAAUAUUCGCACUGCGACUGCGCCAAGUAUCUUUGCUAUGAAGAUAGUAUUUUUACUCACGGCUUUUUCAUCGCUCCGGCGAUCGUAAUGUGAUUGACAGGAAA